AUGCUGGGAACGAGGAAGCGCUGGUCCGGUCUGGUAAUUCAAAUACGGGCAAACCUAAAUGCUUACUCCCCUGUUGUUAACCACCACUGUCCUCCGCCGCCAAGUCCUGAGGGUAAUCAGGCCAUUUGCCCUCUCCAGGUCCUCGCCCCCUGGCUAGAUUAUAUGGAUGGCUCUGGCAACGACAUUCCUUUCACAAUCCUUCAAAUAUUGCGACAUAACUAUCUUCAUUUCUUUGCUAUAACGUGUUUGUACUACGAUCAUUUCUUGACUUUCGAGGGAGAGGUAGAAUUCAUAUGGAAAAGACGGAAGAGUCAUAGCUCGUUGUGGUUCUUCCUCAAUCGGUACCUUGCGUUCUUUGGGAACUUGGUGGUCACGAUACUGGGGUUAACGUCGCCUUCAGAUACGAGCUGUAGACACUACAGUCUCUUUCGACAGAUAUUACUUAUCGUGCAACAGGUUAUCGUUUGCACUCUUCUAACGCUGCGGACGUACGCCCUCUACGGACGGUCUUCGCGAGUCCUGAGGUUUCUGCUUGGAAGCGGGUUUGUUCUGGCAGGAGUCUGCUUGUGGGCCAUGUUCGGACAAAAAAGCGCCCCUUCACAAAUAGGCAGUGGGUGUCAUAUUGGACUGUCAAAAGUAACUGCCAUCCGAUUGGCGUCGGCAUGGGAAGCCCUGUUCGUGUAUGAUUGUUUCAUUUUUGGCCUUACUGUGGCCAAAGCCUGGUCAACUCGAAGGGAUCAUGAUAUUACUGGAAUCAACGUUCCCCUCGUCACGCUCGUCCUCAGAGACGGUGCCCUCUAUUUCGCUGUGAUAGGAUUUGGUAAUUUUAUGAAUAUGGUUUCUUUCUAUUUCGGCGGGCCCUUUCUUAGAGGCGGUCUUUCAACAUUUGCAAGCAAUUUGUCCGUCACAAUGAUGUCGCGGCUUAUGCUCAACCUACAUGAAUCCGCGGAGGAGGGCAAUCUCUCGACCGUACAAACCAACACGAACGUGGACUACGCAUCGAAUUACGAAACUGGCGUUGUGGAGCUCGACACCGUUUGUAGCAGCGCUAUGAUGGCAGGCUUCAGGGUCCAGAGUCCGCCUUCCCUAGAGGAGGUCGAGCGAUCCUUUCCGUGAUCGAUCUCUGUGAAAUGAGCUCCACCCCGCCCCCGAUAUCAUAGACUGGAGCUCAUUGCAUUCUAAUCACCAUACCAGUCCAUCUCAAAAGUUCUACUAUGUAAUUCUGGACGCACCUACUCUUCUCCGGAUCUAAUGCCGUAUGUGCAACUCUGUAUUUAGGCAUCCUGUUGUAGCUUACAUUUUUUCGAGCCAUCCAUUCGACGAUAUUUAUUGAUCUAAUUUACACUGUACAAGAUCC